AUGGUAUACUGUGGUAAACCCAGUAAGGGCUGCGGUAUGUGCCGCUCACGCAAGAUCCGUUGUGACCAGGCCCGACCGGCUUGCGAUCAGUGCAUUCGAACGAAGAGAGAAUGCCCAGGAUACCGCGACCAGCUGGAUCUUAUAUUUCGCGACGUGACAAAAGCCACAGCACGGAAAGCAGGAAGCUCGAGUUCUGCUUCGUCGGCUUCGUAUGCAUCGUCCCACAUUGUUGGGUCCUCUCGCAACUCUUACCGUGUUCAGUCCCCCUCGACAGGGUCCACUGGAUCACUCGCGGAAACAAGCUUUGAUUUCGGCUCAGAUCCCGAUCAUCAAUAUAUGAUGCGCCAAAUAAGGCCAAGUGCAGUGAUCAGAAACCCCACAGAGGGCCUUUCGAAAGAGCAGGCUAUCUGCUUCUUUCUCCAAUCGCAUAAUAUUCCCGGAAGUGCCCUCAUGACGGACACUCUGACAAAUUUUCUGAUGGAGUCGGGUGCAUCUCUAGGGCAGCAAGCCAUACAAUCUAGUAUUCAUGCUGUCGCAGGUGCGAUGCUUGCCCGGGUUCGCAACGUGCCCUCCCUGAAGCAGGCGGCUCGCCAGGAAUAUGGCUCUACGCUCAAACUAGUCAAUGCAGCACUAGCCGACCCCGUUCAGUCUAGGACAAACCAGGCAUUACUUGCGGUUGUAUUCAUGUCUUUGUAUGAGGUUAUCACAUCCAGAGCUCCUCAAAGCAUCCAGGGCUGGACAAAUCAUAUUUGCGGAGCUGCAGCUCUUCUCGAGCACCGAGGAUUUGCACAGAUGACGACUGAAAUGGGCAUAGUCAGUUGUCUCCAGCGAGACUUGAGAGUACCUGAUUCUCUGAUGAAGUGUUCUAAACUGGAUUUAUUCCCUGAGAUAAGGGAUGCACUCGGAAACAAAUUAAUCAUCAUCAUUGGAAAUCUUUCCAAUCUUCGAGCCGAUGUCCAAGGACGGAUUAUUGACGACCCACAUCAAAUACUGGCUGCCGCAUGUGCCAUUGAAGCUGACCUCAUGGCCUGGCUAGCUGCUUUACCGCCUGAUUUCACUUAUAGCAGUCAUACAGUGAUGCCAAUGGACCAUAGCUUUGAACGAAUUUGUGGUGGAAUUCGACCUUUCAACAACCAAUAUCACAGUUACCCAGACCUAUGGUCUCCAAAUCUCUGGAACCAUUAUCGGUGUGCACGAAUUAUCGUCAGCGAGUUAAUACUAGCGAACGUUCAUAAGGUGUCUAGCACUUCACCACGUGGUUCUCUAUCCGAAGAUUUCCGUUUACACUGCAAAUCCUUGCGCUCUACAAUACGCCGCCUGGGUGCCGAUAUUUGCCGGAGCGUGCCGUUCCAUCUAGGUGCUUGCAACGCGGGAAUCCUUCCAGGAAGACCCAUGCUGCCUGCAGAAACUUAUAUUGGCGGGCUCAUGUUGCUCUGGCCCUUAUUCGUUGCCGGCAUCGUUGAAGGGCGCAACCACCCUCAAAGAAAGUGGGUAAGGCAAUGUCUGGGUAUGAUCGGUCGGUCGAUGGGCAUGGAUCAGGCACUCGCACUCAUGGAUAUCCUUGCCGUUGAUCCGGGAAUGUUCCAUUCGGUCGAGAAAUUCGGCGAGGAUGCCGAUGAAGAAAGUAGUUCUCCGGGAGUGAUGUCUGUUUCGAUAUUCCAUGUUCCGUACUAUGAACUUGGCAAUUCGAAGGAGUAUCAGCAGAUACGUGCAUCCUCUGCAUGA